GCUGUUCUUUGAGCGGAGAAGAUCUGAACAGACAGUGGUCAGAGCCAACUCCUGACCUCCAGCCAACUAUUUAUCACACAAAGGGACUCCUGAGCUACAUGAAGAGCAUUGGAAAAACCCCGCUGGUUUACUGUGACUACCAUGGACAUUCAAGGAAGAAGAAUUCAUUCAUGUAUGGAUGCAGUGUGAAGGAGACUCUGUGGCAAUCUGAGUCCAGUAUUGACACAGCAACUCUGAAGGAAGACAUUGGCUAUCGAGCCAUUCCCAGAAUUCUGGAGAAGAUUUGCCCGACGUUCGCCAUCAAUCGUUGCUGUUUCUUGGUGCAGAAAUCACGGGAAUCCACGGCUCGGGUGGUGGUGUGGAGAGAAAUCGGCGUUCUCCGCAGUUACACCAUGGAGAGCACCUACUGCGGCUGUGAUCAGGGCCGGUACAAUGGUCUGCAAAUCGGAACCAGGGAGCUGGAGGAGAUGGGAGGCAAGUUCUGCACGGCACUGCUGAAGUUGUCACCCAACAUGCCGCUGACGUGCCAGGAUGCUGCCCACCUCAACCUGGAUAGCGAGCUGAACAAUGACAAGAACUUCUCACGCAAUGACGUGAGUGUGGAUGACGAGCCUCCAUGCCCAGAAGACAUUGAUUAUUUCACGGACAAUGGCACCGAGGAUGAAGAUGAUGCGAUUGAUCUCCGGCCUGAGGUCACCAACUGCUGAGGGUGAACUCCACUGAGAUGUGGUGCACAUUAUAGAUGCAACCAAUGAUGCCCCACUCUGAAUGAAGGGUCAAGGCCGUGCCAUAUGCCAGCGACACCAAAUGUGUGGAGAGUGGGGACUGAGCAAAAGGCUGCUGAAUGCCGUUUGUACCUUUCACCUUCGAGGUGAACUGAACAUUAUCUACAGUGACUGCAUCACCCAUGGAUCUUGCUCAGUGUUUCAUUAUCCUUAAAUAUCUAAUUACAUUGCAGUAUCCUGCUUGCCCUCAUACCUCGCUGAAAGUAGUCCUAGGACAUCCGUAGUGGAUCACUGAACCUGCAUUGCUGGAGGACCUCCCUCCAGAUGUGUCAGAGAGUGGAUCUUGGCAUGGAUGCACCCAUCACGUCUCCCCGCAACCACCAAGUCUUUGCCAGCUUAGCUUCCGUAGAUCCAUGAAUCUAAAUCACGCCAAUAUAGCCAUAGAGUGAUGGAGUACAGACACAGGCCCUUUGGUCAAGCGAGUCUGUGGCGACAGGUUCUUGGCCAAAGAUAUUCCAAGAGGAGCUCAUAGUCCCUUGACCACAACUGCUGUGGCCAAGUACCCUGGUGCAUCCAUAGUGUGGGGCCGUGCUGAAUGCUAAAUACUCUGGCCAUUCACUGGACAUUGGUCAACAAAUCAGAGACACAAGAAAGAUUACAGAUGCUGGAAUUUGGAACAACACACAGGCUGCUGGUCAGGCAGUGUCUGUGGAGGCAAAGGGAUGGUCAGCAUUAUGGGUUUCUUCAGUAAAUAAUCCAUUUUUUUCCUCCACAUGGCUGAAAGUCGUGUAGCACGAUGUUUGCAGCUUUCCGGGUAGUUAUUAGAGUCUGUGAGCUUGGUGCUAGCCAAUGCCUGGUUAUAGCAUUUCAUUAGGUCCUUUCAGAGGGGUUUAAGAAGGAACUGCAGAUGAUGGAAAAUCGAAGGUAGACAAAAAUGCUGGAGAAACUCAGCAGGUGCAGCAGCAUCUAUGGAGCUCCAUAGUCAAGUCAAGUCACAUUUAUUUAUAUAGCACAUUUAAAAACAACUCUCGUUGGCCAAAGUGCUUUACAUUUGUUAUAAGAAUAGUAUAAACAAACAAACUACAUACAUAUAUACAUAUAGCCCUCGCUCAGUGGAUGUCAGGAAAGGCUUGGGAUUACAGAUAAGUUUUUAGCCUUGACUUAAAGUAGUCGAUGGAGGGGGUAGUUCUGAUAGGAAAAGGGAUGCUGUUCCACAGUCUAGGAGCUGCAACUGUAAGGGCACGGUCGCCCCUAAGCUUAUGCCUAGACUGCAGGAUAUUCAGCGGCCCCAAAUCGGCCGAUCUGAGGGACCUGGAGGUGGAGUGGUGGGUGAGAAGACUUUUAAUGUAGGAGGGGUCAAGCCCAUUGAGGGCUUUGUAGACAUAGAGGAGGGUCUUGAAAUGUAUGCGGAACUGCACAGGGAGCCAGUUGAGAGAGGCCAGGAUCGGGGUGAUGUGGUCCCUUUUUCGGGUGCCCGUCAGGAGUCUCGCAGCGGCGUUUUGGACCAGUUGCAGGCGGGACAGGGAAGAUUGGCUGAUUAAAGGGAGUUGGAGUAAUCUAGGCGGGAGGAGAUGAAUGUGUGGAUGAUCUUUUCCAGGUCAUCAAACUGGAGGAAUUGUUUUAUUUUAGCUAUCGUCCGAAGCUGAAAGAAGUGAGCUUUUACCACGGCAUUGACUUGUUUGUCAAAUUUCAGUGCUGAGUCAAAUAUCACACCGAGGUUUUUGACGUGAGGUUUGAGUAGUGGGGUAAGGCUUCCAAGGCUGCCUGCUAUCAUUUUGAUUGAGUCCGAGGGUCCGAGAAGGAUGACCUCAGACUUACUCUCAUUUAGUUGGAGGAAGUUCUGGGCCAUCCAGCACUUUAUAUCCUCGAGGCAGCGGGUAAGGUUAAACAGAUUUGAUUGGUUUUUGGGCUUCAGGGGGAGAUAGAGUUGUGUAUCGUCUGUGUAGCAAUGGAAAGAAAUGCCGUGCCUUUCAAUGGCUUGGCCUAAGGGGAGCAUAUACAGGGAGAAGAGAAUGGGGCCAAGGAUGGAACCUUGUGGAACCCCACAGCAGAGAUUAUCUGGGGAGGAGAAAGAGUUGCCUAUGUUAGUCGAGAAACUCCUACCUUUGAGAUAGGAGAUGAACCAGCUCAGGGCAGUGCCAUCAAUAACACCCCCGUACCGGAGACGGUCAAUUAGGAUGGUGUGGUCGAUAGUAUCAAAUGCUGCGCUGAGGUCAAGAAGGAGCAGGAUUGCAGUUGCCGGAGUCAACGGUGAGCAGUAGGUUAUUGUGUAACUUCAACAAGGCAGACUCUGUGCUAUGGUGAGCCCUGAAACCUGAUUGGAAAGUUUCCAAGAUAGUGUUUUGGUGAAGGUAAGGCAUAAGUUGACAAAAUUACCUUUUCAAGGGCUUUUGAGAGGAAAGGCAGUUUAGAAAUGGAUCUGUAGUUGCUUGGCAAGGUGGGGUCGAGGUUUCAGGAGUGGCUUAACCACCGCAUGCUUGAAGCAGGUCGGUACAGUACCAGUGGCCAGAGAGCUGUUGAAGAUGGUGAGGAUGCUGUGACCGGCUGUUGUAAUGACGUCCUUUAGGAGGGCAGAUGGGACAGUGUCGAGGGGGCAGGUAGUAGGUUUCAUGGUGGUGCUGCACCCGCUGAGUUUCUCCAGCAUUUUUGUCUACCUUUCAGAGCAGACCUUGAGGAUACUAUUAUCAGAUUGAUGAAACCUAGCCCAUUCAUCUCUGAUCUAAUUGUGCCCUUGUUCUUACAGACCAUCAUCUGUGGAAACAUCAUUGAAUUUGAAAUAGUUCCUUCAAUAAAUGUUAGUGACUGACUGUUUCACAUAAUACUUCAUCAUAUGUGUCUGGCCUCAUCCUGAAGUUUAGUUUAGUUUAGUUUAGAGACAUAGUGCGGAAACAGGCCCUUCGGCCCACUGAGUCCACACCAACCAGCGACCCCCGCACACUAACACUAUCACACACACUAGGGACAAUUUACAAUUAACGUAAUCUACAAACCUGUCUGUCUUUGGAGUGUGGGAAGAAACUGGAGCAUUUGGUGAAAACCCAUGCAGGUCACAGGGAGAACGUACAAACUCCUUAUAGACAGCACCCAGUGUCAGGAUGAAACCCGUGUUUCCGCCGCUGUUAAGCAGCAACUCUCCCACUGCGUCACCGUGCCACACAUGUUGAACGUCUUGAGCUGAGGUUCUACCUAUUGAAAAUGGGGCCAGAAAAUGGGGCCAGAAAAUGGGGCCAGAUGGAUCUGAAUGAUGGAUGGGUCUGAUGAAGGGUCUUGACCCAAAACGUCCUACACAAUGCACUUCCAUUGAUAAAAUGCAGGAAGAUCUACUAUAAAAGCUGCACUUCUGUUUCUGAACACCAUGAUCUCUGCUCAUAGAAACAAAAUGCUGACGGGGCAGGCAGCAUCUCUGGAGAAAAGGAAUGGGUGACGUUUCGGGUCAAGAUCCUUUGUCUGAAGAAGGGUCUCGACCCAAAAUGUCACCCAUUCCUUCUCUCCAGAGAUGCUGCCUGUCCCGUGAGCUACUCCAGCAUUUUGUGAGUAUCUUUGGUGUAAAGCAGCAUCUGCAGUUCCUUCCCACACAUGAUCUCUGCUCACCAGCACCCAUACGUUUCCUUGACUGUAGAAAGUCUGUAGUGUUCUGUACUGUGUCUGUUAGCAAUUGAUGCAGAAACCAUGUCAAGUUUGCAAUGGGUAGCUUGUUGAGGGUAAACUGAAUGAGUAAUCAUUUGCUUGCCAUGAGGCUCAACACUAACAUGAAGAAUAGUUAGUUUAAAGAAAAGUACAGAAAGUGCUGGAGUACCUCAGCGGGUCAGACAGCAUCCCUGGUUAGAUCUGUCAGGUGUGUCUGCCUGCCCUGCAUGUCACAGUGCCCACACCCUCCUCACAAUCGAACUGCUCCCCAUGCUCCACAUCACCUUGUUUACAGUGUUUCCACAACCUGGCACUCCAGCUUUACCCUGUCACAGGCAUUCCCUACCCUCCAUUCUUGCUAAACUUUAACAAGCUUCUCCUUCAAAUGUCUUAAUCCUGAAAGUUUAGCCUAGUUUCUCUCCCCAUGGAUGCAGCCUGACCUGCUGAGUAUUUCAACAUCAAUCUUUUCAUCUCUAGAUUUCCAGUGUCUGCAGUUGUUUUGCAUUUAAUUUGCUCAUUGGGUUAAACGCUCAUGGCCUCUAUCUGCUACUCCUUCAGUUUCUGUGCCAACUCCAUGAAUCUAUCUGACUCUCUUAAUUAUAUUAUAAUACUUUUAAAGUGCUUGUACCAUCUUUACGUUUCACCGAACACGUUCUGACCUUGGAGUACACUACUUUCAAUCCUUUGGAAUCCAAAUAACAGUCAAGAAGUCAACUACGUUUCUGCCUAUAAACCAGAAGCUCUGAGACAAAUUUUGAGUAAACACUUUAUUGAAAACCUUCGAUGUGGGCUACGACUGUUCAACUCUCUUUAUCUAGUCCUGAUUUCUUCAAAAAUCUGUCAUGUACUUUUUAGCAAAUUUGUGCCACGCUCCCUGUUUCCUAAAUACUUCCUUAUUCUCUCUUAAAUUAUAAAAUAAACGAGUUUGACAAAAACAAA